GGCUAUGCUGAAAGUAGCCUGGGAGAAGAUAUGCGCCGAUCGAUACGCUGACUUCACCUAUAGGAUGAGAAGAAGCGGUAAGAAACAACGGUGCGUGUCUCAGGAGAUAUGGGAGAGCUGGCAAAAGGCUUGGGAGGAUCCUGCAUUCAAGAGAAAGCGGGAGAUGUUUGCACAAAACAGGCGCAGUGAGACUGGCGGGGAUGGAGCAGGACCUUCGCGACACACAGGCGGAUCUAUAUCUGCUAUAGAGACAGCUCGAUUAUUAGCUAAAGAAUUAGGUCGUGAGCCCACACCGAUGUCGGAAGCCCACACCGUGGAGGGGUUUACAUACACCACACGAAGACCCACCGAUCGUAAUUACCUUGUCCGACAGACGUUCGGCGCUGAGCGUCAAUGGGGCGAGAAGAAGAGAAAGGUAUACGCAUCGGGUCUCAGGCAUGCACAGUUUACACUGCGUCAGCAGCUCACGCCUCACAGCCAGCGCAAGCACCGCAGCCGGACGCACACUGGCCUCGCACUAUAUGACUGA